UAAAGAAGGUUUUAGGGUAAUGAGCGGCAUGUGCUAACGAGGUUGAUUGUGUUUGACCUUGAAUGAAAGGGAGGAUUAGGCGUCUCAUCGGAGCUGUUGAUGCGGCGCCAAGGCUUGUUUUGCCGCGGGUGCGCUGGAAGGAAGGAAGGAAGGAAGGGAGCGUUUGUGCUGCCAAGGCAUUGGAGCGUGGAAAAAGCUAAAUGAUUUGGAGCUCCUUCAAGAAAAGAAAGACACUGCUGUGAUGGAUUUGGAUCAGUCCUACUACUGGACCCGGGUGGCUCGCUGCUGAUCUUGCUGGAUUGGAGUCAUGAAGAGUUAACUGAUACUCUGUGUGCUGUUUGAACAUGGAUCUGCGAAAGCGAGCCAGGAUCAGAGAGUCGCAACAAGGUGCUCGUAGUGAGACCGUAUUUGGGGCGGCCGGGUGCGAUGCCCUGCGUCAGGGCCGUGCUGACGCCGCCUCCUUGCUCAGAGGAUCCGCCGUUGCUUCCGGCUCACGCCCGACACCCUGCUGGCCGUGGCGACGGUGUGUUUCCGUGGCAACGGGGCUGUCGUUGGCCGGGCUGCUCGCUGUGACUCACGCCUGCUGUGUCAACACCUUACAUGAAAACCUGCUCUGGUUUGAUCACCUCACGGAUGUGGAGCGGGAGAUCUCUUUUCGGACCGAGUGUGGACUCUACUAUUCCUACUACAAGCAAAUGCUGCAAGCCCCCUCCAUACUGGAAGGAGUGUCUGAGCUGAUCUACGACAACUUGACCGAAUCCAAGCGGACCAUCAAUCUCCUGCACAGGAUGAACAUCUACCAGGAACUCUUCCUCAGUGUGCUCUACCGGCUGCUGCCCAUACAGUCCUAUCUGGAGCCGGUGUAUUUCUACAUUUACACCGUCUUCUCACUGCAAGCCGUCUACGUGAUGGCACUGUACCUCACGGCGUGGCUCCUGGCGGGCUCCUGGCACGCUGGCGCACUCACUGGCAUCUGGUACAUCCUAAACAGGGUGGACACCACGCGUGUGGAGUUCACCAUCUCGCUGAGAGAGAACUGGUCUUUGCCCUUCCUGGCGCUGCAGGUGGCUGCCAUCACCUGCUACCUGAGACCCGGGCUGAGCGCUGUGCAGCAGAAGGUGAUGGUGUGGUUGAUGUACGUCAGCACCUUCUGCUUCAGUCUGACCUGGCAGUUCAACCAGUUCAUCCUUCUGGUCCAGGCCCUCAUCGUUUACACGCUGGACUGUGUAGAUCUGCUGACCACCACACAGGUGAUCACGUUGUACCUGGUCCAGGUCAGCAGUCUGCUGAGUGUGUGGCUGCUCCAGUUCUUUAACACUAUGAUCCUGGGCUCGCUGGUGCUCAGCUUCAUCGUGGCGGCGCUGCUGGUGCGACACUUCCAACGCACUUUGAAGACAGGAAGCCUGCUGGUCCGUGUGGCCAAACUCAUUAUCCACAGCACCAGCGUUCUUCUGCUCACCAUCUCCUUCAACGUCCUGACCAAGAAAGUGCUGCAGCUGCGAUCAGACGAGCAUAUCUUCAAAUUCAUCAAGUCAAAGUUUGCCUGGGGGCGGACGAGGGACUUUGAUGCCAAUUUGUAUCUGUGUGAGGAAGCCUUCGGCCCGCUGCCCUUGGACACGCUGAAGCGUUUUGGCGGCACCCUGUUGCUCUACCCUUACACCCUCACGAUGCUCAUCCUACUUGGCACGCUGGCAGCCACCGCCCUGCGUAACCUCAGGCCUUCCCCAAGCAGGCCACAAGGAGGCGCUGCUGAGAGGACGGCGGCCGCAGAGGGUCAGACGGUGGCGUUUCGUCCAGAUGUAGCGUACAACGUGCUGCACACGCUCUUCUACGGCCUGCUGGCCUUCAGCACCAUGAGGAUGAAGUACAUAUGGACGGGUCACAUGUGUGCCGUGGCGGCUUACGGCGUGUGCGGGACGGAGGCGUGGUCUCUGCUUCUUCACGCCAUACGAUGCAACGGCAAAGUUGUGGUCAGACUUGUCAGGUAUGGCGUACCCCUAACCAUCAUGGCCUUCCUCUAUUACAAGUUCUGGCCCAAGAUGUUGGAGGAGCUGUCAGACUUGAGAGAGUUCUAUGAUCCUGACACUGUGGAGCUCAUGACAUGGAUUCGCACAAAUACGCGUGAGCGUGCGGUGCUGGCAGGAAGCAUGCAGCUGCUGGCCGCCAUCAAGCUGUGCACGGGAAGAAUCAUCACCAACCACCCUCACUACGAAGACAAACACCUGCGAGACAGGACCCGGCAGGUGUACCAGGUGUACGCUCGUCGCUCCCCGGAGGAUGUGUACGCCAUCUUGAAGGCGGUGGGUGCGGAGUACGUGGUGUUGGAGAACAGCAUCUGCUACGAGCGCCGGCACCAGCGAGGCUGCCGCCUGCGUGACCUGCUGGACCUCGCUAACGGACACAUCAUGGACGGACCAGGGGACAACGAAGCCGACCUGGUCGCCGCCUCCCACCCGAGGUUUUGCGACGCGAUCAAGACGGACUCGCCGGCGUACGGCGCCUUGUUCAAAAGAACCUUCCAGAACAAAACGUUCCACGUGUACCGACUCAGGAAGAAAGUCAAGAAGCCCUCGUGAAAGAAGGCGGACAAAGAGACGAGCUCUGUCUCGGAUAGGUUUAAGACGCUUUUACUUUUCAAACCUUUGUCAUCGCCGCCGGCACCUUUGUUUGCACCAUCGUCACCUGAAGGACACGUUUGCUUCCAGCAAGACCCCAACAAUUCUUACCUUAGCAAUGCAGGAAGUUCUUGGAGGAUGCCUGCCGGGAUUCGUCGUGGUCGUUGACAUUUCCAUUUGAGUUGGUCGACGCUGCAAGGAAACAAGUUUUUGUUUGUGCCAGUUGAAUAAAAAGCACAUCGACGUGUCAUCGUGUUGCAGAAAUGCCGUCUUUGGCUGUACCUAAUAUAGUGUAAGUGUAAGUGUACCUAAUAUUUGGCUGUGGGCAUACACCAAAUAGCAUGUGUACCUAAUAAUUUGGGCGCCAAGUGGAGCUAAUACAGUUCCAUGAUAGUUGCGUACACACUGUAUAUACUGUAGACGUAUACAGACAUCUUUUUUUUAAACAAUGAAUUCACAACGAUGGCUGUUUUGUGGUUGACUCUGGCCUGUUAUUAGUGAAAGAAUAUUGCAAGGCAAGUUCCAAGUUAUAUGUAGAAUUGUGGUGACUGGGCACGAGCAAUGUUAUUAGCGUUACGCAAUCCGUACCGGAAACGCAAUCGAUUCUACACGUGCAGAGCGUGUCUACAUUCUUCCGUCAUAUCCAUUGGCAAGUCCAGAAAUUAUAAGCCCUCUUUCCUUGGGUCCAUAAGUUAACCCAUCAUUGCACUCAUCUUAUGGUUGUUUACAUUCAAACAUCACUGCACUGUAUGGGUUUUAUUGCUUUACGUACACGAAACCGGAUAUGACGUGUAUGUCUGCGACACGUGCCUGCAUACGCUUUUAUGUCGCUCCGUGUUGGUGAAUAAAGACGAUAGAAGCAUCCGCAUGAUAACGAAGUAUUUUAAUAAGUCACUAUAAAAUAACCCCCAAUAUACUACACAUAUGAAGUAUGGUUAUUGGCCAUUCAUGUUCAUACAUUUGUAAAAAAAAAAAAAAAAAAAAAAGCACAGCACGUGACGUCGAAUAUGUUUUUUUUUCUUUUUUUUUCUUAAAAUAUUUUAAACCAAAAAAUUCACAAUGUACAUUUUUUUUCAAUCAACUUUAAUGCCUUACAAAUUACACUAACAGUGCAUCAAACCAUGGGCAUAAAAAAAAAACAGUUGGAUAACAAAAACACAUCAAAUAAAUCAUACAGAAAUCGAGAUUAAAGAAAUAAAAACGUACCAGAAAAGUGAUA